GUGGGCGCAGGGGGCAGGGAGGGGGCCGAGGUGCGGAGGCAGGGGAGAAUGCGCCUCUCCAAAACCCUGGUCGACAUGGACAUGGCGGACUACAGUGCAGCGCUGGACCCGGCCUACACCACCCUGGAAUUUGAGAACGUUCAGGUGUUGGCGAUGGCCAAUGAUACGUCGCCAUCGGAAGGUGCCAACCUCAACGCGCCCAACAGCCUGGGUGUCAGUGCCCUGUGUGCCAUCUGCGGGGACCGGGCCACAGGCAAGCACUACGGUGCCUCGAGCUGUGAUGGCUGCAAAGGCUUCUUCCGGAGGAGCGUGAGGAAGAACCACAUGUACUCUUGCAGAUUCAGCCGACAGUGCGUAGUGGACAAAGACAAGAGGAACCAGUGCCGCUACUGCAGGCUCAAGAAGUGCUUCCGGGCUGGCAUGAAGAAGGAAGCUGUCCAGAAUGAGCGGGACCGAAUCAGCACACGGAGGUCCAGCUACGAGGACAGCAGCCUGCCCUCCAUCAACGCGCUCCUGCAGGCAGAGGUCUUGUCCCAGCAGAUCACCUCUCCCGUCUCCGGAAUCAGUGGUGACAUUCGGGCCAAGAAGAUUGCUAACAUUGCAGAUGUGUGCGAGUCCAUGAAGGAGCAGCUGCUGGUACUGGUCGAGUGGGCAAAGUACAUCCCAGCUUUCUGUGAGCUCCCCCUGGAUGACCAGGUGGCCCUGCUCAGAGCCCACGCCGGCGAGCACCUACUGCUGGGAGCCACCAAGCGAUCCAUGGUGUUCAAGGACGUCCUGCUCCUGGGCAAUGACUACAUUGUGCCCCGGCACUGCCCGGAACUGGCGGAGAUGAGCCGAGUGUCCAUUCGCAUCCUGGAUGAGCUGGUGCUGCCCUUUCAAGAGUUGCAGAUCGAUGACAAUGAGUAUGCCUGCCUCAAAGCCAUCAUCUUCUUUGACCCAGAUGCCAAGGGGCUGAGCGACCCAGGCAAGAUCAAGCGGCUGCGCUCGCAGGUCCAGGUGAGCUUGGAGGACUACAUCAAUGACCGCCAGUAUGACUCACGCGGCCGCUUUGGUGAGCUGCUGCUGCUGCUGCCCACAUUGCAGAGUAUCACCUGGCAGAUGAUUGAGCAGAUACAGUUCAUCAAACUCUUCGGCAUGGCCAAGAUCGACAACCUGCUGCAGGAGAUGCUGCUGGGAGGGUCCUCCAGUGAUGCACCUCACGCUCACCACCCGCUGCACCCUCACCUGAUGCAGGAACACAUGGGCACCAACGUCAUUGUUGCCAACACAAUGCCUGCUCACCUCAGCAACGGACAGAUGUGUGAGUGGCCCCGACCCAGGGGGCAGGCAGCCACCCCUGAGACUCCACAACCCUCGCCGCCGGGUGGCUCAGGGUCUGAGCCCUACAAGCUCCUGCCAGGAGCCAUCGCCACAAUCGUCAAGCCCCCCUCUGCCAUCCCCCAGCCGACCAUCACCAAGCAGGAAGUCAUCUAGCAAGCUGCAGGCAUCAGGGGCUCUGCAAGCUCACCCUACCCCCCUCAGGGAAUGCCUGGUGACCACUUGGUCACAGCCAAGGAAGGCGUGACAAGAGGGCCAGCUCCAGAGCAGGAAUGGAAAGGGGGAAGGGCCCAGGAACGUGGGCUGAGAGCCACAUCCCGUUGCUACCCUUGACCCUGUGCUCUGGGUGAUAGGGCUUUGACUUGGGGAGUCAUCGGCUGGAAAGCCCUCUGCUGCCUUGGACAACUUUCCUCAUGUUGAAGCCACUACCUUCACCUUCAUCCAAGCCCUGAACUUCUUCACCCCACAAGGACAGCAGACUGGAGAUGCUAUGGAACCUUGCCUAGGCACAGCUCCCUCUCCUUCCAGUUGGGACUCUGCUCCCCUGGUACUGGUCACGGUGUCCAGUCACAGCCCCGUGAGGCUGGGUCAGGCUGUGACACCUUACUCCUCCCUCUUCUACUACCCCCAUCUCCAAUACCCCUCUUCACCCUCUGCUGUCACCUUCCUCUGCCAUUUUGUCUUUUCCAAAGCCACCUCUCUGGAGGCUGAGGAAGACAUGGAAGCCAUUCCCCCAUGCAUCCCGGAAUACUCUACAAGUGCCGACUGGGGCAGGUGGAGGCAGGAGACUGCUGAGCAGGAAGACACCAUUCCUCCUCCUCAGGCUCUGCUACACUUUCCUUCUUCAGGCGUUGGUGUGGGCACUAGAACGAUGGUCCGCAAGGGCUUUGGACAAUGAGAGAGCAGUCCCGGGUUGACAACUGCAACUAGAGUUGGGGGAGAGUGGAACAUGGGGCCUUGAAUGCUAGACUGAGGCCAGGAGUAGGUGAUAAGGGUUACCCCAGGCUGUCAGAAGAUGAAUACAGCGUCCUACAAAGGGUGGAAGGCUGGGAGGGAGCAGCAAGUUCAGAUGGGGCUUAUGAUGUAAUGAGAAUGACAGCAUGGAGAUGGAAAGGAGGGGACGGGGCACCUCCAAGUAGGGAUAGUUCAGGGAGGAAUUAUUUCCAUCCAUUCGCAAGCUCUUCCUCCUUCCUAGGCACUGUCCGAAGCAUCUGACAUCCAGUGUCUGACGGAGUCCUCCCAAUUGCCUAGAGAUUGUUACUGAAGAUGCAAUUGAGUUCUAAGAGGUUAAGUGAUUGUUUUUUUAAAUCUGGAACUCAUACAGAUAGUCAGUGACUGAGUCAGGCCAUGAAUCCAGGUCUCCCCGGAUCAGAAUAGGAGAUCUUAACCACCUAAAAGAACCCCCCAUGUUCGCUGUGAUCCUGCUGAGGGACUUCCCGGUCCUUUACCAGGACCCAAAGGCUCAUUCUUUCUAGAAGCUCUGCCCACUCCCAGGACUAAGAUUGGCCUGAGACUACACUCGAGUCCACUGAAGGUCCCAAAUCCUGUUUGCUGAUGAAUAUGAAGGUGAAUUCAUGACUCUUGACCCCUUUUCUCUCUUUACUCCCCAACUCUGGGAGAAGAACAAUAGGGAUCUGGUUCCUGGGAGACAAACCAAUCUGGCCUGUCAGUCUAUAGAUGGAUGAGGGGCAGGGGAGGAAUUAUAGAGUCUGGCUUUGAGGCUUGCGCUGCAGAUAAUCAUUCAGGGUACAUUCUGGAAACAUUAAACCCCAGGAUAGAGCAACCAGCACCUUUUCCCUACAGAACCUUGAUGGCUUUGGGGAGAUUCUGAAAAAUGCCACUGACCAGUGGGACUAAAAGGGAUGUAUCCUAAAAGUGUAGGAGUGACCAAGUACGACAGUGAGCCGUUGGCCUGGUUACAAGGUUGAUCCUUCCAAGUGGAUAGGGGAACAGUACCCAGCGCCCAGAUAGUCCACCAUUAGUGAUUGUUUCUUGUUGCAAGAAAGAUAUGAAGACGUACUGGGGCCAUGAUUCAGAGGACUCUGUGGCCCAGAGCUGUCAGGAUUGGCCUCCCUGCUCCAGCAAGACAUGUCUCAGACUCCAGGAGAGACCACUCCCUGCACAGAGCAUUCAAGCUUUCUCCAGCCACCCUCACUCCAGUGCUCCAGAAUUCCCAGCCAAAUGGCUCAGACCAGUCUGCAUGAGGCAGGAAAGCGGGAAUCAUUCUGGUCAUUGCAGCCAUUCCCAUUCUUUGUUCUGUCCCUCUGCCACCACUGUUGCCCAAGGCCUCUGUCAUGGGAGCAGAGUUGAGAAAAGAAUUGUCCAUGGGGUAAUGUAAUGGUGGCUUUUAAUGGUACCAGUCUUCUGGGGUAGGGGCUCAAUCCUCUGCCCCUAAUCCAUCCUUUCUGGAGGAGAAAUUCAUUCCACUUUAAUAACUUUAUUGCAAUACAGGAAACACAAAAUAAAGAAAAGUUUACUCUUCUGGUUCUAAGUUGAGGAUACUACAUUGGAAUUCCUUCCUGAAUCGUGACCCUAAAACAUUAAAUCUGAUGUACUAAAUAGGGGUGGUGCAAGGCAAGUAUGGACACUGUCACCAAGACACCUCCUCAGGAAGUUCUCAGGAACUUCCAGGAUCCAUAUAGCUCUCAGGAGAAGAGAGGGCUGCAGCUGGAUGCUCCUCAAUUUCUUACAAUGGCCAAGCCAAUCACCUUUGCUGGAUUUUCUUGUGAUCUGCCCUAAUGAAUUGUGAAAUUCACAUCGAGCGAUUCUGGAAGGUGGACUGCAUUCUAUCGUGAUCUGCCUCUUCC